CGGAGUUUUCAGUCCGGCACCGCUUUCAACUGAUACCAAGCAACAUGCUUUAGCUGCAUAAAGCGCUCAAAACAAACUUUUCAAAAGUUUGCAAACUCACCUCUCGUCCUGCUACAUUAAAAACCACCAACAAAAUGGCACUAAUCGUGCGUAAAACUUAGACUCAAACCGAAAAAAAAAUUGUGGCAUGCAGACUAUUUUGAUAUUUGUGAUCACGGUUUGCGUGAAGAGCGAGAACUUGGACCCGGACCGCAAACUGUUACGCAUCAAUGGAGACGUCAUACUCGGAGGAAUUUUUCCGAUGCACGAGCAAGUCAGCGGACGCUCGGACCCGCCGUGCGGGGCCGUCAAAGAGGAAAAAGGGAUGCAGCGCCUCGAGGCGAUGCUCUAUGCCAUCGACGAAAUUAACAACGAUUCCGAACUUUUGCCCAACAUCACUCUUGGAGCGCUCGUCAUCGACUCUUGCAGCAGCGAUACCUACGCGCUAGAGCAAUCCAUGGAGUUUGUACGCUCCUAUAUGAACCAGGAUAUGUCUGAAUAUAAAUGUGAGAGCGGCAACCCUCCGGUCUAUGUGCCGCACAAAUCUGUAACAGCUGUUAUUGGCGCUUCCUUCAGCGUCGUGUCCAUCAUGGUAGCCAACAUACUUCGCUUAUUUCAGAUACCUCAAAUAAGUUAUGCCUCAACUAGUACAGAGCUUUCAGACAAAUCCAGAUUCGAAUACUUUAGCCGAGUGGUACCCCCUGACAACUUUCAAGCUCAAGCCAUGGUCGAAAUUAUCAGAGAACUUGGAUGGAAAUAUGUUUCGACUGUUGCAGUAGAAGGCGACUAUGGAGAACGCGGUAUUGCUUCAUUCAUUUCAUCCUCAAUCGACGCGGGGAUUUGUAUUGCUGUGACUGAAAAAAUCCUAAGGAACUCCAGAAUCGAGGAUUUCGACAGGAUCAUCGAGAGAUUGCUGCAGAAAACUGCCAGAGCGGUGGUUUUAUUUGUCGACGAGGAUAACACAAGGAAACUUUUGCAAGCCACUAUUCGCGCCAACAAAACCGGCCACUUCCUUUGGAUCGGCAGCGACUCCUGGGGAGCCAAAGUUCAUCCAGUCAGAGAUCAAGAAUUUGCUGCAGAAGGCGCCAUCACCAUCCUUCCCCAUCGUAAUGCCAUCAAAGAUUUCGACGAUUACUAUCGCUCGCUACGACCGCGAAUGGAGAGCGACCCGUGCAAUGCGAGCUCUGGCACCAACAUGCAACAUUUCGGCAACUCGUCGCUCGUUAUCAAUUGCAGAAAUGGAUGGUUCCGCGAAUUCUGGAGUCAGCAUAACAAAUGCACCUUUGAUAAUCAGUCGGAGAGGAAAUGUACUGGACAAGAGAUUAUUUCCGACUAUGAGCAAGAGGGCCUCGUCCCGUUUGUCGUUGACGCCGUGUACGCUGCAGCACAUGCCAUCCACAAUAUCAUAGCUGAUAAGUGUGGAAUUGAUCCGUUUUAUUUUUGCGACAAACUCCGGCCAGGACCCAAAGGCACCGAAAUGCUCAAAUAUCUGAGAAACGUAUCCUUCAUAGGAAGGCAAAAUACAGAGGUGAAGUUCAACAUCGACGGAGAUGCUUUUGGAAGUUAUAAUAUUUAUCAAUACCAAAGAAACCUCGAAGGAAGAUAUGAUUACGUACAAAUCGGUUCUUGGAAGGAAGCGUUGGAUUUAAAUCUUAGCAGGAUACAGUGGAAUGAAAGUGACGAAAUGCCCAAAUCAAUUUGCAGUGAUCCUUGCCCUUCAGGACACAUUAGAAACUAUCAGGAUCAAUGUUGCUGGGUGUGCGUGUCCUGUAGAGAGGACGCGUUCGUGUUCAACGACAGCUGCAAGUCCUGCUUGCCAGGAUACGCACCUAACCGAGACAAGACCGACUGCGUGAAAUUGAAGGCUUUGGUAAUCGAGUGGCUGAGCCCGUGGGCCCUUGUGCCGCUCGUGUUCAGCUCCGUGGGCAUUCUGGGCACCCUUUUCACCACUUGCGUGUUUAUAAGGUACAACAAGACGCCGGUCAUCAUGGCCAGCGGUCGCGAGUUGUGCUACGUCCUUUUGAGCGGUAUCGUAGCUUGCUACUCGAUGUCCUUUAUUAUCCUUGCCAAACCAACUGUUGAAACUUGCGCGGUCCUGAGAGUCGGCCUUGGACUUUGUCUUAGCGUGUGCUACAGCGCGAUCUUCACCAAGACAAACAGGAUUUCCAGAAUUUUCAAUAGAGGAGUUAAAACCAUCAAAAGACCCGUUUACACUUCGCCGAUAUCUCAAGUUGCCAUCGCCCUUGGAAUAGUCUCCAUCCAGCUUAUUGGUGCGAUUGUCUGGCUGGCAAUAGAGCGACCCGAUAUCAGAGAAAUCUACCCGUACCCUCUGACUGCAGUUUUGACUUGUCGCGUAUCGACAUUCUCCCUUAUUAUGUCCCUCGUCUAUAACAUGAUCCUCAUUAUAUUGUGCACAUGGUACGCGUUCAAGACCAGAAAGAUCCCAGAAAACUUCAACGAAGCCAAGUACAUUGGCUUCACCAUGUACUCCACCUGCAUAGUCUGGCUCGCAUUUUUGCCCAUCUACUUUGGAACUAACAACGAUUACAAGAUUCAAAUCGUCAGUAUGUGUAUGUGCUUGAAUAUAAGCGCAACCGUAGCAUUGGGAUGCUUAUUUACCCCUAAAGUGUAUUUGGUAAUUUUCCAACCCUACAAGAACGUACGUCAAGGCAAUGGGACUCAGGGUGUGAAUAUGGAAAGGCCGACGUAUAGCAUGCGUUUUACGGUACCCAGAUCUCAGACUAUGCAAUCAAUGACAAGCAACUCAAAAUCGCCAAAAUCAGGUGCGAGGCACGCGAACGGUGACCCGGUGGUGAUGCCCAGUCCCAGCAUCGAGGAAAGCUCAUUAAGUUAAACAAAAACAUAAACAUAAACAUAAAUAGAUAGAGAAUAGGUGAGAUGAGAAAUGUACAUAGAGAAUUAUAGAGGGUGCGACAUAAUUUUGUAUGAAUAUUUUUACGUAGCUGUACAGGAGUAGUGUAGACAUACAGCCCGUUCAGAUUAAAACCGAAUAUAUCUAUAUAUAUAUAUAUAU